UACCAGGCCGAUUCAUUACUUUUUAUAUGAUUAUUUUUGUAUAAUAGUUAUUCAACAUCCGUGCAUUGUACGGGAUUUAACCUAGUUAAUCAAUAUGAGAUAAUAUAGUCUCUGUAGAAAAAAAGAAAAAGAAAAAAAUAGUUAAGGUCUUAUUGGAUUCAACUCAUUAAUAUCAAUUUUUUACAGUCUUUACACGUAUAAAAAUAAAGUUAUUUACUUUACCAGACACGUCUUGAGACCGUGCAAAGUUUAAAUAGGGCAAUAAAUAAACUAAUAAUGUAUGUAAACCAAGUAUUGUUAAUUAUAGUUAAACAAUAAGAAAGACAAGUUUUGCCACUGCAACCUCAUCCAAAGCGAAACCUUGAUGCUCUAAAACCCCAUAACAAUGGCGGUCACCUCUAAAACCCUUCCAAUUCCUCCAUCACCAGACUCCUUAAACUCUCUCUACACUAAAACCCAUCUUCCCAAAUCUCUUUCUCUCACCAAAAUUCACCCUCUUUCUCUUCGAAAACUCCCUCAAUUCUCCCUUCUCAACCCCAAUUCCACCUCCACAACCACCACUUCCACCAACUUCAGCUCUCGAAUUACCGAGCUUUGCUUCCAUGGAAGCUUAGAUGAAGCUCUCAACCUUCUCAAUUCAGUUGUUAAAGACCUCAAUCUGCUUGUUGAAGACGACGCCAUUGUUGCUCUGCUCAAGCUUUGCGAAUGGCGGAGAGCGGUGAAGCAAGGUUUUCAGGUAUAUUCCUAUAUUUGUGACUCGAAAAAGAUUAAGAGUUUUGAUGUUAGACUUGGAAAUGCAUUGUUGAGUAUGUUUGUGAGGUUGGGUAAAUUGAAUGAUGCUUGGUAUGUGUUUGGGAGAAUGGAGGAGAGAGAUUUGUUUUCAUGGAAUGUGUUAAUUGGUGGGUAUGCGAAAGCCGGGUUUUUCGACGAGGCAUUGAUUCUGUAUCAUAAGAUGUUAUGGGCUGGUGUUAGGCCUGAUGAGUAUACUUUCCCUUGUGUUUUGAGGACUUGUGGUGGUAUGCAGGAUUUAGCGAGGGGUAGGGAGGUUCAUGUUCAUGUAAUUCGAUAUGGUUUCGAGUCUAAUAUUGAUGUGAUUAAUGCUUUGAUUACAAUGUAUGUGAAAUGUGGUGAAAUUGUUAGUGCACGCUUGGUGUUUGACAGAAUGUCUCAAAGAGAUAGGAUUUCAUGGAAUGCAAUGAUUUCGGGGUGUGUAGAGAAUGGAGAAUGUUACGAGGGGCUACGAUUGUUUCUUAUGAUGCGUGAAGUUGGGGUUAUUCCGGAUUUGAUGACUAUGACAUGUGUAGUGUCAGGUUGUGACGGUGUGGAUGAUGGGAGGUUAGGGAGGGAAGUUCAUGGAUAUGUUAUAACCAGUGGUUUAAGUGUUGAAGUUGCAGUUUGUAAUUCAUUAAUUCAAAUGUAUAUAGGUACUGGAAAUUGGGUUGAAGCAGAAAGAAUUUUUGCUAAUAUGCCAUGUAAAGAUGUAGUGACAUGGACCUCAAUGAUUUCUGGAUAUGAAAGUAAUGGUUUUCCUGAUAAGGCGAUAGAGAGUUUUAAAGUAAUGGAGAGUGAAGGUAUCGUGCCAGAUGAGAUCACUAUUGCUAGUGCCAUAUCAGCGUGUGCCUCGUUGAGUCUUCUAGAUAUGGGUAUGAAACUUCAUGAUUUAGCUGUUAGAACAGGAUACAUUUCAUAUAUAAUUGUUUCUAAUACACUAAUCGAUAUGUACUCCAAGUGUAAAUGUAUUGAUACAGCUUUGGAAGUUUUCCAUCAAAUCAAAGACAAGAACAUAAUAUCGUGGACUUCAAUCAUCUCUGGGCUAAGACAAAACAACAGGAGCUUCGAGGCAUUAUUUUUCUUUCGUCAGAUGAAACUUUCUUUAAAUCCUAAUUCAGUCACUUUGAUUUCCGCCCUUUCUGCAUGUGGCAGGAUAGGAGCUCUAAUGUGUGGAAAAGAGAUCCAUGCGUAUGCCUUAAGGACCAUGUUGCCAUUCGAUGGAUAUGUACCAAAUUCAAUUCUAGAUAUGUAUGUUAGGUGUGGUAGGAUGGAACUUGCAUGGAACCAGUUCAAUGGAUGGGGUAAAGACAUUGCUGCAUGGAAUAUUAUGCUCACUGGUUUUGCAGACCGAAAGCUGGGAGUACUUGCUGUGGAGUUCUUUCAUAAAAUGCUAGCUUCAAAUGUAAACCCAGAUGAAAUCACCUUUAUAGCAUUACUUUGUGCCUGUAGUAGGACUGGCAUGGUGGCCGAAGGGUUGGAAUAUUUUGACAGCAUGGAAACUAAGUAUUAUGUUUCUCAAAAUCUGAAGCAUUAUGCUUGCAUAGUUGAUUUGCUAGGACGUGCUGGUGAUUUAGAGGAUGCUUAUGCAUUUAUUCAAAAUAUUCCUCUUGAGCCAGAUCCAGCUAUUUGGGGAGCCUUAUUGAAUGCUUGUAGGAUUCAUCAGAAUGCCAAGCUUGGGGAACUUGCAGCAAAGAAAAUCUUUGAAGUUGAUGAACAUAGUAUUGGAUAUUAUGUUCUUUUGUGUAAUCUAUAUGCUGGUUGUGAUAAAUGGAACGAACUUGCUAGAGUGAGAAAGACGAUGAAGGAGAGAGGUUUAAUUGUUGACCCUGGCUGUAGCUGGAUAGAAGUGAAGGGGAAAGUACAUGCAUUCCUCAGUGAUGAUGAGUCCCAUCCUGAGAUAAAAGAAGUACAUGCCGUUCUGAAAUCCUUUUAUGAGAGAAUGGAAGCAGCUGGAAUUGAUAAGGCUGAGACUCUUUCUGAAAAUGCUUCAAAAGCAGAGGUAUUCUGUGGUCAUAGCGAAAGACUGGCCAUUGGAUUUGGGCUUAUCAACUCUGCCCCAGGGACACCUAUUUGGGUUACUAAAAAUCUUUAUAUGUGUAAAAGCUGUCAUAAUAUUGUAAAAUUUAUUUCAAAAGUUGUUAGGCGAGAAAUUUGUGUUAGGGAUACUGAACAUUUUCACCACUUCAGGAAUGGUGUUUGCUCUUGCAGUGAUGAGGAUUACAAGGAAACAUUGUAUAUUAGUCAUACAUCGUGUACAAUGUAGUUGUAAAUAUAAUUAUCCCAACAUUUUUGUGCCAUAAGGGGCUUUCUUCACUUUGAAAUGGCUCUGUGAGACUGGUGGCUGCGGCUUUGCUGCUGCUACAACCUCACAGUUAUACUGUCCGCAUCUUGCUCAUAGAUCUCAUACAAGAACACUUGUCAAGUUUCUAGAGACUAUAUACAAGAACACUGGUCAAAUUUCUAUGACAUAGUCUCUAGAAACUUGGUAUCUUUGGCAGCCACAAACUGCACUACCAUUAUAUUAUAAAGGCAUAAAGGACUUAAGAAUCUGUAUGCAUUGUUCAGUUUGAAUUUUAG